AUGGCCACAGGCCGCUACGUUCCACCGCACAUGCGGAACCGUGGGCCCGCCCCCCCUGGGCCCGCCCCCCCAUCUCCCUCCACCUCCACAUCCCGGUACACUCCCUCGCAAACCGGCGCCCACUCGCAAAGAGAUGCUUCCAGUCCACGCGGGCACGCCCGUCCCCUCUGGUCUAAUGGGGAUCGCGAACGCGAACCACGUUCAGACAUCAACAUCAAUCGCGCCGACCGCGCCGACUCGCUCAACCCUAGAGGACCAGCACCAACACUGCACGUGUUCGGAGAUAGCUUUGCCGGCCCGUUCAAGCUGCUCGACUCGGGGUCGGCGCGUGUGCGCUCAUUCAAAGGCGCGAGUGCCAAGGGCCUCAACAACCCCAAGUCAAUCAAGCAGGUAUCAAACGACCUCGUGCCCCUCCUCAACCAGCUCCUUGCACCCCCACCAUACGCCUACCUCCCGCCAGCAGGGCGAUAUGCCCUGCUUCUCUUUGGCAACGUGGAUUUACAGAUCAACUACCUGUGGCAGCUGCAGCACAAGCCCAUCGUUCCCGCCACAUGGGACGAGCACAUCGAGUACACCGAGGAAGAGAGUGCAAUCUCCACACCCGCGGAGAACCUGCUGGCGAGCGCGACGGAGACUGUGGGCCGCGGACCGGCAUUGGGUCCAGAACGGUUCGUUGACAACGUCACACGCGCGUACAUGGCCUGGCUUGAGCGCGAGGUCGUGAACGGGCCCAUUGGGCGGCGCGCCGCCGAGGUUGCGGCCCAAGCGAACGGUGAGAACCGCGGCGUCAGGAGACUCGCGCCCACCAAGGUUCUCGUUGGUGCUGCCCUCCCCCCACUCAUCCAGGAUGACACGCUUCCGCAGAUCCCCGGCAAGUACGUCGAACGCUUAGAGGAGGAUCAUGCGAAGGCGCAGCGUGCGCUCGAGCGCGGCUCCGGUGGUACUAGCGAGCGCAUCUCGCGCACCCCGUGGGCCAAGGUGGGCUCCUCGCCAACUCUUGGGGUGGAGGAGGAUCUGGCCAAGGUGUCCUUGAACGGCGGCGCGUCGCCGGCUGACUCUGCGCCAAAGGUGUCGGUCGCAGACCUCAUUGCACACGACCCAGCCCUGUGCACCAAGACCGUGCGCAUCGCCAUGACGAACCGUUUCAACGCAUCUCUCCGUGACUUCUGCGCCAAGCACCCAACCAUGCUUGAGUUUGUGGACAUUGCCGACGACAUGCUGGCUGCCGAUGCUGCCGAGCGCGAAAGCACCGGCGACCCGGCGCCCGAGAUUGCCGGCGAGGUGGACCGCGCUGUGUGGGCAUGUCCCGUCGACUUGAGCAACAUUCACCCGCUGUGGGAGCCGACUCUGCCUCUCUGGCUCAAGAAAUUGCAGCCGAUUGGCGUGCCGACCGAUUCAUUCACGUACGCCGCCGACGCAGAGGAGACGAUGCGCGCCUACGAGGAGGACAAGAAGCGGCGGAUGAACAAGGCCGACAACGAGUCUCGGUUGGACGGCGGGGACCGGAUCAAGCUCCGCGACGAGUAG